AUGUUAACAAUAGAAUGCUUCGAUAAUAUAGUAAAAUAUUUGGAGGAUGAUAGACCAACAUUGUUUUCAUGUUUAUUAGUUAAUAGAUUCUGGUGCGGGAAAAUUAUACCAAUUAUAUGGGGGAAGGCAUUGAAAAGAUUAUCGGUAAAUCAUAAAAAUCGAGAACACUUGGUUUUAAUCUAUUGCUCAUGUUUUAAUAUAAAAGAAAAAGAUCAAUUAAGGUCUCAACAUGAAAUAUUUGAAAUGAUCUUGAAUAAUAAUAAUUUCAAGAAGCCGUUAUUCAAUUACCCAGCCUAUCUUAAAAAACUUGAUUUGUUUCUUUUGCAUUGGAUUAUCAAGCAAUUCAUGCAAACAUCUUGUCACAAUUCUUUAACUUCUUCUAAUUCUAAUUUGUCAUCAUCUACAGAGUUCAAUUCAUUUUAUAAUAAUCCGGUAGAGUUACUGAUGAAUUCGUUAUGUGUUCUAAUAAUGGAAAGUUCCAAUCUUGAAAUAUUAAAGUUGAAUACUAUGCAUGAAUUGCCAAAUUUCAUGAUCUUUACACAAAAGUCUCCUGGAUUAACGAAUUUAAAAAAAUUAAAAAUAUCCUGUAACAAUUUUUAUAUUAGGAAUCAAUUUAUUAAAAAUAACGUAUUUCAACUACUCAAAUCUUUACCUAAAAUUAGUAACAAUAUUGAAUUUUUAGAUAUUCAUUACAAGUCAAAUGAUCCCAAGACAUUAGAAAUAUUGAAUGCAUUCAUCAGGUCACAGAAAAAUAUUCAUACUUUCAAGCUGAGUGUGUUGAGAGAUUACGAUAAAUUAUCAUCAAUCAUUUCUUCGUUGGAGGAAAGUCAUACAAAUAAUCUAGUUAAUCUUAAAAUUAAAUUAUUAAAUAACAACCAUAUUAAUGAUGGUGGUAGUAAUAAUAAUAUUUAUAACUAUAAAGAAGGGAAUGAUAAUAAAAAUAAACUUAAAAAUUAUCAUCAGAUCGACGAUCAAUUAUUAAAUCUAAUAUGCAAAUCCAAGAAAUUAAAAACUUUAAAUUUUAAAUCAGAGUUUACUAAUAACAAUAAUAUUGGUAAUAAUAUCAGUAGCAGUAAUAUCAGUAGUAGUAGCAACUAUUAUAAUUAUUAUGUUCAUGAUAAUUAUAAAAAAAUAUUAUCAUUAUACGAAAACAAAAUCAAUUCAAUAAUUUUGGGAAACAAAGAUUUAAAUUUCUCUAAAUUAUUUGACGAUGUUGAUAAUGUUUUAAAUGAGUUAAAAAAUUGUGUUAAAAUAAUUGAAACUUCUAAACCUAUUAAAGCUUUAGAUUUAAUUUAA